AAACCGAAAGAGACCAUGGGAAAAAAAACAUGCAAGGUUCAACAGAGGAAAAGGUGGCGCCCCCCAGCUUCUUGUAGGUCCGGCUAGGUCCCUUCCUGUUUAGUUUUCCCAGGCGCGAUGGCGUUCAGGAGGUUGGCUCCGCCGCUGAGCAGGGCGGCCAGGACAUUCGAGGAAUCCGAGCACGGAGUUAAAUUUAAUUCUUCUGUUCCCAAUUCCAUACCUCUGCCUGAUGAAGUGGAUACAAGAGAAAAUGAGAUUGUUGCUCCUGAGUUCACAAAUAGGAACCCACAUAAUUUGGAAAGAUUGGCUAUAGCAAGAAAGGAUCUAGGUUGGAAAACCUCAUGGCCAAAACGGGACUAUUGGUACAGGUUACGAUUGGAAAAAACCCAAAAACAUGUGAAAGGCUACAUUGAACAUUGCAGCGGUCAUAUUGUAGUCUCUGCUUCCACUCGCGAGUGGGCUAUUAAGAAGCAUCUUUAUAAAACAACAGGUGUGGCAGCAUGUGAGAAUGUGGGGCGUGUAUUAGCACAACGUUGUCUUGAAGCUGGAAUCAACUUUGUGGAUGACAAGGUUAUAAUUCCAUGGGAAAAACGUGGCGAAGGGCUGAAACGUUUCAAGCAGGCUAUGACUGAAGGUGGUGUUGAACUGAAAGAACUUGAAAGAAUUUAUGAUAAGUAUGGUAAUAAGAAGCUUCCCAGAGAAGUACAGCCUCAGAAGCCUGCAGUUCCAUCCUUGGAGGACAGUCAAUCACAUACCGCUCUUAAUACAUAAUACCAUUAAACCUUUUUAUAUUAAAUAAAAAUCCAAUAGAUACACAACUGCUGGUGACAGUUUUUUGUUUGCUUUCUUGUUAACUAUUUUCAUAAAAUAACAGUAUAAAAUAAUAACCUGCUACAGGUGGUUCCCUAGCCAAUGUGUCUAUCUUUUUAA